CCAGCGCUGUGCAUAUUUAUAACUUCGUAACUAUUCCCUCGUGGUUUGUGUCUAUUAAUAAAGUAUCACAUAGGAUAAUUAUGAAUGAAAAAGUAAAUUAUAUUUUAUGUAUGAAACUUUUUCACUCUAAACACUAUCAAAAUAGUUUCUUAUGAAACUAUUUAUUUUGUUUUAUAAAAUUACCCAGAAGUCCAUUUAUACAUGGCCAGAACCUGCCAGUUGCGACAAGUUGUGGUAAACUUUUGAUUUUAUUUCUGUUAUCCGACAACAUGGAUGGACAGUUCGACGACGCCGUAGAUGAUACAUCAGAGCCUAUUCUACAAGAAAAAUUCGAAAAGGAAGUUUACAGCAGUUCUUCAAGUGAAGAAAAUGAAGAGUCUUCAGAUGAUUACGACGAUGAUCUGAGUUUUGAAUGGACCAACAUGUCUGGAAAUUUCACGAAGAGAUAUAACACUGCCAUGUCAGGCGGACCAACGAAUUCACAUCAAACAGCGUCACAGAGUAAAAAUACGAAGGAGUCUUAUCAGCCUCUUGACAAAGUUCUCAAAAAUGUUCUUGAUUUGAAGAUGAAAACCACGAAAUACGAAGGUCCAUCUAAUUGUUUUUUUAGUAAAUCGGAAAGGAAAGCCGAAGCGGAACGCCUUCGAGGAAAAGACAAGUCUGAGCGAGCCACUUCAGAACAAGCUCUUGAUCCACGGACUCGGAUGAUAAUUUUUAAAUUACUAGGUCGUGGUGUAAUAUAUAAUAUCAACGGUUGUAUUAGCACUGGCAAGGAGGCCAAUGUUUACCAUGCCACCGGAAAAGAUGAUUUUGAUAUCGCUGUAAAAAUUUACAAAACUUCGAUUUUGGUCUUUAAAGAUCGAGACAAAUACGUCUCGGGUGAAUAUAGAUUUCGACAUGGAUAUUGCAAACGGAAUCCCAGAAAGAUGGUCAAAACGUGGGCUGAGAAAGAAAUGCGAAAUCUCCAAAGAAUACAUCAGUCUGGUAUUUUGUGUCCGAAACCUAUUCUGUUACGAAGUCAUGUUUUCUUAAUGGAGUUUAUCGGAAAAGACGGCUGGCCAGCACCUUUGCUACACGAAGCUGUCUUAACAGAAUCAAAAGCUCGUGAGUUGUAUCUUGAUUGUAUUUUAAUGAUGAGAACAUUGUAUCAUGAAUGUCGGUUAGUUCACGCUGAUCUAAGUGAAUUCAACAUGUUGUUUCACGAAGGGAAAAUCUAUUUGAUCGAUGUUUCUCAAUCGGUCGAACACGACCACCCUAACGCAUUGUUUUUCUUGCGUAAAGACUGUACAAAUGUGACGGACUUUUUCCGUAAACAUUCUGUUUGUGGUUUAACUGUGAAGGAACUAUUCGAUUUUGUCACUGAUUCUUCUAUAACAGACACGAACGUGGACGAUUAUCUAGAUAAGGCUAUGACCAUUACUGCUGGGAGAACUUUGGAAGAAAUUACGCAACAAGACAAAGUAGACGAGGAAGUGUUUAAGAAGAUUUUUAUCCCAAGAAAUCUUGAUGAAGUUGUUAAUUUUGAACGCGAUAUUUUAAAUGCUAAGAAAGGAGAUACAGAACAGGUGUACUAUCAGACAGUUGUUGGUCAAAAACCAGAUUUAAGCGGACCACAAAAAGAACCAUUAUUACUUGAGAAACAAAAUGAUGAAACUGGUUCUGCAGAGGAGUCUGCAGAAAACUCUGACCAAACAGAUGAUAGCGGACAAGAUAGUGAUGAUGAAAACGAAGACAGUGGUAAGAACGUUGAAGGAAAUAUUCACCAUAGAGCCAGGAACGAGUCACCCAAUAGUCGCAAGAACCGUAAAAAAUUAGUGAAAGAAGCUAAACAAAAGUCAAGAAGUCAAAAAAUCCCAAAGCAUGUGAAAAAACGCAAAGAGAAGUUAGCAAAGACAAAACGUUAAGUCAAAAGUUAUUGUAGUUUCUAUGUACACACCGUUUUUCUUGAAUGAAGCACUGAUUAUUAACAGUU